AUGUCAGGCGUAAACAUAACUGCUAAUCUAACAGAGACAGUCAACCAGGCUCUUGCUGACAAUCUUGUUAAUGAAGAAGAUGAUUGGUUUUUGAUUCGAUUAGUAACUGCUUUUAUAGAAGCUAUAUGGGAACAAAAGAAUACGUCAACUAGUAAUUAUCUGUUCAAUAGAGUGGGUGGAAUCACGACGUAUUGUUGUUCUGUGUAUGGUUUAUCAUGUUUGGUGAUGGCUCUUGUGUUGAAUCGAACUUUAGUGAUGGCUUCAACCAAUACUAAUCAUAUUCAACAAUUGGCUAUUAAUCGACAUCGGGAUAUUGUGGGAGUACCAAAACUGGCGGAAGUAUUGAAAAAGUUAAGUAUUAUCAGUUUUAGAAUUGGGGUGAUUAUGCUUUUGAUUUAUAAUGCCUUUAAUGUCUUAGUGGCUUUAAAUUUAUUAUCUCAUAUUGGAUUACUGGAUGAUCCAUUACCAUGGUUUUAUAAGUUAUUACUGGAUAAAUUAUUCACUUAUAAUGUUGAUUAUUUUGCAUCUCAUAAGUAUAUGAGUUCACCCAAGACUCAAGUUAUGAUUGGACCUACUAGUGAUAUGUAUUGGCCUAUAUUUUUGAAUUUCUGUUUACUGAGUUUUACUGAAACUUUUAUUUCCCUGAUUCAAGGUAGAAAACCAUAUACUGAAAGUGGUAUAACUAUAUUUGAACAUUCAUUAGCCUUUCAAGAAUUUAGUUGUAGUGGAGCCUUUUUCUUUGGUAAUUCUAAAUUUUUAAAGAGACCAACUGAACAAGUAUUGCUUGCUACAUUAUUUCUGAUUUUCAGUCAUUUAAAUAUUCAUUUGGGUGCUUUAUUAAAUGAUAAUAAAUAUAGAUUAAUUCCACUGUCAAUUAUUGGUAUUUCAUUCUUGAGUUAUUUUAUUUCAACUUUAUUCAAUUGGAAAAUAUUAGGAUUCCCCACUAUUUUAAUUAUGACUUUUACUCCUCAAGUAUUAAUCUUAUUUAUCAUAGCUAUAAGUUCUAUCAUCUUUAUUGCAGCUAUUAUAACCAAUGGUUUCAGUUUAGAAGAUUUAAACUAUGCUAGUUUUUUCAUUCAUGAUGUUAAUGAUGAUGAACCUGAUUUUAUUGCUCGUAAUUUCAAUAUUAAUUUAAGUGAUGAUUUUUAUACUGCUUUAUUAAAUGUUGGUAUGUUAGCUAUUACACUGGCAGGUAAAUCAAGUUAUAUAACUGAAUUAAGUCUUGUUACUGUUGAUGAAGAAACUUGGAUUGAAAGAAGUAUUUGGGAAAAGGUGAAACAAAAUUUUAAUAAACAUCAUCAACUGGGUCAAAAUUUAACUUUGAAUAGUUUUAUUAAUGAAUCAAAUGAAGUUAAAUCAGGUUAUGCUAAGUUAAUAACACUGCCAUCACAAAGAUUAAUCAAAGGAGGUUAUGAUAAUAAUAAUGAUCAUGGAGGUAAUGAUGAAUUCAAGUCCAAGAGUGUUUUCAGAAAAAGAUAUACUUAUAUUAGUAGAAUGGUUAAGGAUACUAUUCAAUUAUUAUGGGGGAUUAUAAUCAAUCGAAUUUUAUUUGGUAUGAUUCCGGAUGCAUUUAAAAAGUAUAUUUUAAGAAAACCCCUCAAACCAAGAGAAUAUUCAAUUAGAGAAUCUGAAUUAGAAUUUGAAAGAAGAAAAUAUAGAGUUCCAUCAUUUUUAAGAGGAUUAGUUAAACGAAGAGAAGCAAUAGAGAAGAGGAAUAUUAUUAGUAUUCUUGAUAGUUUCAGUGAAGAGAAAUUACAAGAAGAAUAUGCUGAAAUCUUAAAGGGAGAUCUUUUACCUGAAAUUGAUUCAUCGUCUGAUUAUGUGUUACAAGAAGAAUAUUAUAGUGAACUGGAGAUAGAGGAUAGUGAAUCUGAAAUUGAAUCUAUUGGUGGUGGUGGUGGAGAAAGCUCUAUCAUGAGAAAUAGAAUAACCGGAUAUGUUACCACGAAUAGUGAUAAUAAUAAUAAUAUUAGUGCUAUUCAAGAAUUGAUAACGGCGGAAGAAUUUAAUGAAAUAAUGAAUAAUCAAUCUGAUAAUAUAAAUGUCAUGCAAUAUCAUAUACUGAAUCGAAAUGAAGGAGUAUUAACUCGGUCACAGUAUAAGAAGGCAUUGGUAAGCACUUCGCGUCAUCAUCAUAAUGAAUAUCAAGAUACUAUUAGUCAUCAACAUAAUGAUCAUAAUGGUCAACAAGAUUCUUUAUUAAGUAGUGAUGAUAGUUUGAAAUUAUUAGAAUUGAUACUUGCUAAACGUGCCCAUAUUAAUCCUGAAACGCAUUAUAAUCAUCAAGAUAAUGAUGAAUUAUCAUCUAAAUUAGAUUGUGUGAUUUGUCAAACCAAUACUCGUGAGAUUAUAACUUGGCCAUGUAAAUGUUUUGCUAUAUGUGAAUCAUGUCGAUUAAGUUUAGUAAGUAAAGGGAUUGAAGGAUGUGUUUGUUGUCGUAGAGAAGUUGAAGGUGUAUCCAAAGUGUUUAUACCCUGA